CACCCAACACGUUUCACCUCACUCACGUCCAUCGGCCUUGUUGAACAUAAGAAGGCUUCUCUCAUCAUCUCUUUAUGGAGCGCGUUAUCAUCUUGUCUGCAGUCUUGAUCGGCUGCGUUACCGCCUUUGGUGCAGGCAAUGUACCAUCGUACGGUGCCUUGGAAGGUCUCAAAUACCGCCAUGGAGAUAUCGAAGACAUCCUCUUGACUCUCAUCAUGUACCCAACAUCUGGAGCUGCAGGCUUUCUAUCAAAGCUCAAUCCCCUCAAAAAUCACAAAUUCAAUGCUAUGGCUGUGAAGCGUGUCUACUUUGGCAACUUCUUGAGGGACUACUCGCAGGCUAUUGACGUCGGAACACUAUCCAAAGGGCUUGAUGCCAAAACCAUCCGUUUGCUCGUCUGGGUCAUGAGCUUCAUGGCGUUUGGCUAUGCUACUGAAGAGUUUGAGGUAACAGACGAACGACUAGGAUGCUACCGCUGCGAAGAACACAUUGAUAACCCAAAAGGGUAUCCUUCGCCGGAAGAGCCUGAUGCUCGCAAGUUUGAUCCUCGUUUGAGAGGUCCCGUUGAACAAAUCGAAUUGGAAGUCGACCCACGCACAGGCCUGAAGAACUACAUCGCCAAUGAAUCUGGUCACUGGGUGACAUCCUCUGCAUAUGUUCGAAACUCCCUGCUACGUUGCAUUGAGCUAGGCCGCGAAGCGAAGCACGGCAACGGAGGCGAUGCUGCUGAAUUCGAGAGUCUUCGUCUUCUUGGUCAAGCUAUGCACACGCUCGAGGAUUACUCUGCCCACAGCAACUUUGUCGAAUUGUGCUUGAUUGAGCUCGGCUAUCGCGAUGUCUUCCCUCACGUUGGCACAUCUACCGGCAUUCAGCUCAAUGGCAAGUCUACGUGGCCCAUCGUGACGGGUACUUUUGGCGGUCUCGAUUUCGUCCACAGUCUUCUGGGCGAAGCAAGCGACAAGAUUUCGCAAACCCAAAUCACAGAACUGCAGACAGGUCUCGGCAAUGCCUCGACACAAGGCUCCUCUGGACUGCUCAGCGAUAUUUCUGGGUUGGUCAAUUCCAUUCCAGGCGCGGGCUCGCUUGUUGGAGACAUCAGUCAGAUGCAAGGUAUCUCGCAGGAAAGUGACAAUUUGCGCAAGUCUAGUGGUACGCGUGACCGAGGAACUGCUGGACAGAUGUAUGCUGAAGCCAACACAGACGCAGAUGAGAUCUUCCGCAAAAUCUAUCCUGUGAUGGCCUUCCGCGAUCGCUUGAUGAAGGGUCUUUCUGCCUUUUUCGAGAAAAUCCCAGGUCUCAAUGCCUUGAUUGACAAAAUCUCAGAGUCCUUGACCGUGUGGGUGCUGUCAACAAUUCAGCCAUUCAUCUCGCCACUGGUCACCAAAGUCACUGGUGGUCUUGCUGAGGGCUCUGCACUCGUCACCGCAAAGGAUGAUCAGCUUGCAGUCUUUAAUGAUCCUCACUGCUCGGACCCUACUCACAGCAUGCUUGCCAAGGAUCACUUUUCGUGCUACUUGAAUGGCCCAGCCGGCAAGGUCGCUCAAGCCGUUGUGAAGCACUGCGUCGAGCGCGUCACUCGUGCCUGGGUCGAUACUCAGGUUGAUCCUCGUCAGCUCAUCGAUGAGAUCCUCGAGACGUUCCACCACCCUGCCCAGCCUCAGGGACGUUCCGGUAUUCAGCAGGAAAUGUCAAGAGUAGUUCAAGAAUGGGUAGAGUCUCUCGGCUCAAAGAAGCAGACAAUUUUGAGUGGAUUGACCAUGCAAGGUGUUCGAAAUGGCUUGCACCAUGAAGGUGGAUCGGCAGCAACGACUGGUGUGGAAUCAACACAUUCGCAUGCUGCACAUGGCUCAGGUGGAGGUGGCGGCUCACACUACGGACAAGCGGCUGCGGGUGCUGCAGGAUUUGGCGCCGGUGCUGCUGCUGCCGGUCAUGGACAAUCUGGUAGUUAUGGCCAGUCUCACUCGAGCAGCCACGGCCAAGGCGGUGCUUAUGGUCAGUCUCAAUCGAGCAGCUAUGGACAGUCUCCAAGUGGUCAACAGGGCUACCAAGGCAAUGCCAGUCACUCUUCACACUCGUCUACUGGCUACAAUAAGCCUUCUGGCCAGCAGAGCCACAGCCAAUCGCAACAGUAUGGAGGCGGUCACGGGCAACAAGGCAACUCUCAUCAGCAGUCUGGAGGCCACAAGCCGUCCAACACACAACACUUCUCGCCUGCCAGUCACAGCCAGCAAUAUUCGUCCAACAACGAUGAUGCUCCUGCCUAUGGAUCAGACAGCUACUCUGGGAAUGCUGGACACUCGCAAUCCACGUAUGGUGGUAGCGCCCACCAGCAGUCGCAUCAGCAGUCUGGCAGCUAUGGUGCUUCAGCUCAGCAGGGCGCUUACGGAGCUCCAGCGCAACAGUCGUAUGGCGCAGACUAUGGCUCGCCCGGCCAGGGUGGCUUCGGAGGUCACGGUCCAGGUCAAGGUCAAGGUACAUAUGGCGCUGGUUAUGGCCAACCGCCUUCGUCGCAGUACGGCAAUCAGCCAGCAUACGGAGCACCACAAGGCUCAUAUGGCCAAAGCUAUGGUAAUGCAGCACCUUCUCCACAGAAUUAUGGGCAAGGCUAUAGUGCUCCUCCUCAGCAGUCAUACGGAGGCCAGGGUGGACCCUCGAGCAGCGGACAUCAGACGUACGGCGACUCGAGUGAUUGGGCCAAGCCGCGCCCUCCGCAAGGCAACUACGGUUCGGGCUAUGGCAACUAAUGUGGCACCAGUGACUUUGCUUCUAUAUCACGUACACUGCCAUAUUCUAAGCGUCUGACAGUAGGC